AUGUCAAUUUUCAAACGAUGCUUCGGCUGCGGCGUCCGUAAGCCCGGCACGCGUCUGCGAGUGCUGCUUUCGGAGGAAACAGACAUCUACUUCAAUUUGGCGAUUGAGAACGCCCUUCUUUCGUCGUAUGGCUCUAAUGUGGCCAAGGACAGCGCUGCGGAGGCCCCGCUGCUGUUCCUAUGGCGGAAUUCGCCGUGCGUCAUCGUGGGCCGCAACCAAAACGUCUGGUCCGAGUGUAAUCUCGAUAAUGUGAAACGUGACAACGUAAAACUCGUGAGAAGGUUCACCGGAGGCGGCGCCGUUUAUCAGGAUCUUGGGAACACGUGCUUCACGUUCAUCUCGCCUUCCGCCGACUACAACUUCGAAAAGAAUUCCCGCCUUAUUUGCGCUGCCAUGAGCAAGCUGACAGGCAAAGUUUGCGAACCCAGCGGUAGGAAUGACUUAUGCGUCGACGGUCUCAAGUUUUCCGGAGCAGCUUUCAAAGUGCUUCCCAAUGCCGCCUUGCACCAUGGGACUCUGCUUAUCAACAUAAACCAGGGAUCUCUGGACAAAUACCUCACGCCCGAUAAAUCCAAGCUGGAGAAGCACAACGUGCAGAGCGUGAAGGCACGCGUAACGAAUUUGUCGCAGUAUAACCCAUCCAUAAACCAUGAUAUAGUUUGUGACGCGAUAAUUGAGGAAGUAUCUGCCCAUUACGGGUCCCGCACGCACGAGGUCGAAAGGCUCACCACCGCCUCGGAGUACUGCAGGCAGAACGCAUUCUUGGAGUGCUACAACAAGCUGACGGACUCUCAGUGGACAUACGGAGACCGCGUGCUGGACUACAAGUCGCUGAAACACAGAUUCGACUUUGGGUCGCUCGAGUUUUGCUUCGACCUCAGCGAUGACAUAGUUGCCAAUAUAUGGAUUUUCUCAGACACGCUGAACGCCGACUUCAUCACUUGGCUGCACGAAAAGCUCAACCACACUCCGCUCAGGUUCCUUCCUGACGACUUCGACAAAGCCUUAGGGGCUCUAGAGUACGAGGGGUGCAACGAUAUGAUUGCGGCCAUAAGGGAGUGGCUUGUGGCGGAACUGCGCAGGGCGGAAACAUCAGCCCGGACGCCCGCCGAAGACGACACUGUCAUUGAGGCCGAAACUGGCCCAAACGCAUAA